GGAGUUGGGCAUGAAGCAGUGAGACGGGGGAGACGGGGGAGACAGGAGAGAAAGAGCAGACCUGUAUCAUGAGCUGAUUUCAGUACUUAGGAGCCUAAAAAGGUUAGAAGGGUAUUUUUUAAAAUCGUACUCAAUAACGGCAAUAACGAAAAAACACAAGACCGGAAGGCCAGAGUGGUUUGACAUUUAGGAAGAAGGAUCUCUCUCUCUCUCUCUCUCUCUCCUUCGCUCUGUCUCACCCCUCUUCACCGGGGUUAAAGCUGUUGAAAGGGACCAUGGCGGUGGCUGCUAAUGCUACAUGAUCUAGGGGGGACUUACACCUACAGCCCAUGCUCGCUAAAGGACACGUAGAGACACGGGCUUUAGCAAAUGAUUUGACAUGAAAUAUUUUCCUCCAUGGAUCUUGUUACCUUAAUUUGGACUUUGCGGGGAUGUCCAAAGGGAUUCCUUUCAGCUUUAAUGGCAAAAGUCAGUCCCCGGUGCAACAGCCCAGGUGAAACAGCCCACAUACUCCCUGUGAUCCAAGAGAUAUCUGAAUCGAUGAAGUCUUUCAGAAGAGGCCUUCAAUAACUGCAGCUCAUCUUCAUACCCCAAUCAAUUACCAGAUAUAAGGUGCAGAACGUAAAGAAGUGUGAAAGAAAUCAGGAUGGCAGAAGUCCCCGGAGCCAGUCCCAGUCUCGACAUCCCUUCCAAGAGGCGCAAGGUCACCAAGGACCGUAUUGUUCCAGACACUGGGGCCGCAACGCAAGAACCCACGCCUCCGGUUUUCAUCCGUAAGCUCCGCAAGGCGGCAGUAGGAACAGGCUGUGAUAUCCGACUGAGGGUGUCGGUGACAGGAUUUCCAAAACCUGUGCUGACCUGGUACCACAACGACGAGCUCCUGUCACCAUCAGAAGCCCAGGACUCAGGGGGACUGUGGAUACGGGACUGCCGCACAAGCGACGCUGGCUUGUAUACCUGUGUGGCGACCAAUGAGCUGGGAGAGGCAACCUGCAGUGCUGUCCUGGCCAUCAUGGACCUUGGUGAAGACUCUGAGACCACAGAGGAUGAGACCACAGAACCUCAGAUGGAAACCAAGGAAGGGGCCGGGAGGCACCAGGACAAGGCUGGACGGAGAGGACCUUCAGGUGAGGGAGGAAGGCUGAUGGACUACAACCCAGAUGCUUCAGAUCGCAGGGCCACCCUCCCUAGCGCCUAUGACCCUGUGGUGGAGCGAGAGCUCCGCACUUUGGGCUCCCGCCCUCCGGGGCCCCACUUGGACCCCACAAACCCAGCCAGGACUCAAACUGCUGGCGAACCACGGGGGCUCUCCUCCCGUGUGCCCCUGUCUUCUCCCCAGCCCCCUCCCACUACACACAAAAACGGCAUCAGUACCCCAAGCCAAGACCCGGAUAAUACCAGACCUUCGGAUCCCUGGUCUUCUAAAGCAGACCAGUCAUCUAGUGUUAACAGUGUUAUUAUGACACCCAAACUGGCUCGUGCAGGGCCCAAGGUCUUUGACAAGGUCUGUGUUUUUGAGGAGCGAAGGGUGAGCGUGGAUCUGCCAGGAGGAGUCGGAUCGGUAUCAGGAUUUGGACGGGCAGCUUCCUUCGACUCAGACGACAGCGGAAAGAAGACAGGAGGCCCCAGCAAAGACGAAGGCCGAAUCCUGCAGGGCACAGCCCAGAAGCGAGCGGCGUUUAAGCAACGGGCCUCCUCUUUAGAGGAGCAGACGAGCUACUCCCAGCGGGUCCAGAGCUACCAGAGCAAGUUCGCUGAAGAGCUCCAGAGGAUCAAGAAACUUGUGGGGAAACCUAGCUUGAAAAAGGCUUAUUCCACCGAGCUGCUGCCGCGGAAAGAGAGGAUGACCAUGGGAAAGCUAGAGCCCAUUCCUCCCCAAGUGAUUAAAAAGUUGGAGGCCAGGGAGCGAGCCCUGGAGGAAAGAAAAGUUGGAGAGAGGGAGGGGGAGAGCAGACUGCAGAUUUCCCCCCAGGCCCAAGGCAAAGGUCUGGGGAAUGAAAGUAACAACCCUGAAAAGGAUAAGAUGACUAAGCCAGAUUCACAGGGGAAACCAGUGGACAGCUCAUCACGAGGAAGCGCAGGGAAAAACUCUGUUACCAUGGAGACGGCACCAGUUCACCAGUUACCAGGGCAACCAUUGCCAACAGCCACAAGGACCAGCUUCACCAGGGAAAAACUACAAAGCUCUCCAGUAGCUGACAAAGACACACUUGUUGCCACGUCCCGCAAAUUCUCGUCCACUUCCAGAGACCUGGGGACAGAUUUAAGGAUAGACGCCAAGAUGGACAACAAAGCAGACCACGGAUCACCCGUCCCGCACGGAAGUAGAGCAUCCCCAGUCACCGUGAGGGAACCAGGGUCCCAAUAUCCACCCAAGCCCCCUCGGCUCACCCCGUCACCCACUCCUUCCAUCAGCCCUCUCCUGAAAAGGAGGAAGGCGGAGGUGGGGCGGACGUCCCCAGCCUUGAAAGUGAACAUCCCCGCUAUCCUGGUGGAGGACGAACCCAUUGAGACAGAAUGCGUCGCAGACAGGAGCAACGAGGACAGCAAGACCAGCAGGGAAGAGGGGAGAGUUCGCAAGAGCAAGAGAGGUCGCUCUGCUCCACACCGGUCUCCGGAGGAAGGUAACAGAGCACAGGCAGUCCCACAUGAGCCCGACCUGUCGUUUCCAGGGGGCUCGUCCGAUGACUCUUACCUGUCUGCUGACGAGGAGCCAGCUGAGGGCCCGAGGUUUGAGAGGCCUCUUGCGGAAACCACGGCUCCCAGCGGCUCGGAGGUCACGCUGACAUGUAUCAUCACUGGGAGCCCACCCCCUACAGUGACAUGGAGGAAGAACAAUGUGGAGAUACGGAGCGAUGCUUUCCACGCGGUGAAGGCUGAGGGAGGGAGGCACAGUCUGGCGAUAAAGCAGAUGGGGCCGAGCAACGCUGGGUCGUACUGCGUCACGGCUGCCAACGCAGCGGGCAGAGCGUCCUGCAGCGCCACGCUCUACAUCCAGUCAGAGCCAGCCCACAUGCAGUGUGGAAAACCAGCCGUUUCCCCGGAAGUCAGUAGUCCGAUCCAGUCAGAUGAGGAGUAUCUGAGCCCUCAGGAGGAGGCGAUGGAGCUCGGGGACCCGCCCGCUCCGAGUAAAAGUGUCCACUUCAAAGAGCCUCCCUCGUUUCAGGUGGCACCGUGUGACCAGGGGAUAACUGAGGGUCAGGACGUCAUCAUCUCAGCGAAGGUCAAAGGGCAUCCCAAACCCACGAUUUCCUGGUUGAAGGACAGAGUCACAGUAAAGACGGCGGGGCGCUUCGCUGUGCGAGAGACUGAUGAUGGCACCGGUGAAAUGAGAAUCGGCUCAGCGCAGAGGUCGGACGCAGGGCUUUACAUCUGCAAGCUCAUAAACGAGUAUGGGAGCAGGCAGGCGGAGUGCAGACUGGAGGUCACAGCGGCUGCAACACAAGCAGCACUGAGAAUCACGAGGGAGGUAAAGGACGUGCUAGUGAGGGCUGGAGAGUCGGCCAUGUUCGAGUGUCACAUCACAGGACCUCCGGAUGUGGACGUGGACUGGCUGUCCAAUGGGAAGCUGAUCCAACCAGCACUGCUCAACUGUAAGAUGCACUUUGAUGGAAAGAGGUGCCAUCUGCUGCUAAACUCUGUACACGAGGACGAUAGUGGGACAUACACUUGCAAGCUAAGCACUGCCAAAGAGGAGCUGACCUCAAGCGCAAACCUGGGGGUCACCCCAUCCAAGGAGCCUCUGUUCACCCGUAAACUGGACAUCCUGGAGGUCAUCGAAGGUCGCACUGCCCGGUUUGACUGUAAGGUGAGCGGAUCACCUGUUCCACGAGUCACGUGGAUGCACUUUGAGAAACAAGUGGAGGAGAGUGAUAAUGUUCGCAUCCUUCAAGAGGGGGGUCGUCACUCACUUGUCAUCACCCACGUCAGCAGCAACACAGAAGGCUUCUACACAGCAAUCGCUCAAAAUAUUCAUGGAAAGUCUGAAUGUACAGCUGAGCUCUACAUGCAGGAACCCCGGGCUGCCAUCUCUUCUCACAUGGCCAAAUUGGAGAAGAUGCCAUCCAUCCCCGAGGAGCCCGAAGUGCUGGAGAGUGAGGUGGAGAAGCGGACGAUGCCGGACUUUGUCAAACCCCUGGCUGACGUGGAGGUCCUUGAAGGGAAAGAGGCGGUGCUGAAAUGCAAGGUGGCGGGCCUGCCCUACCCAACCAUCGCCUGGUACCACAACGGCAAGCCCAUUGAGAGCAGCGAAGAGCGCAAAAUGACCCAGUACAGGGAUGUCCACAGUCUGGUCAUUCGGAGCAUUUGUCACGCUCAUAGGGGCGUCUACAAGGCCGUCAUCUCCAACAAAGUGGGCAAAGCAGCUUGCUAUGCACAUCUGUAUGUUACAGAUAUUGUCCCUGACCCUCCUGAUGGUCCUCCGGUGAUAGAGGCCAUUACGGGGAAAACUAUAAGCCUCAGCUGGAAGAGACCAAAGAGGCUUGACCCUUCAUUUGAUACCAGCUCCUUGCUAUAUGUGGUCCAGCAGCAGCCUCUGGGCUCUAUCCAGUGGUCUGUUGUGGCAUCUAACCUGAGGGAGAACAACUACACCGUCACCUCCCUGUCCAAGGGAGUGCGCUACGCUUUCAGGGUCCUGACAUCUACCGGCAAGACACUGAGCAAACCGUCACCCUCCACUGACCUGGUACAGCUGCUGGACAGAGGACCCUAUUUGAGGAAAGCACCGGUCAUUUUGGAGAAACCAGACAUCGUGUAUGUAGUUGAGAACCAACCUGCGACCAUCACCAUCACCCUAAACCAUGUCCAUGCGGUUGUCACCUGGAAAAGGAGGGGGGUGGUGCUGGUCAACAAACCGGGGAUGCAUGAGAUGAGCAUGCCAGACGACGAUCAGCACACCCUCAAGCUUCAGCGGGUCAGGAGCACAGACAUCGGCCAGUUGGUGGUCACGGCCAGCAACCACUUUGGCAGCGACCUCUGCACGCUUCAGCUAGCCAUGGCCGUGCCUCCUAAGUUUGAAACCAUCAUGGAGGAUGUGGACGUGCACGUUGGGGAGACGUCCCGUCUGGCUGUUGUGGUUGAAGGGAGACCAGACCCAGAUAUUCUGUGGUAUAAGGAUGACGUGCUUCUCUCGGAAAGCAGCCACUUCACAUUUGUGUAUGAUGACCCGGAAUAUUCCCUUGUUGUCCUCAAUGCCCGCCCAGAACACUCCGGUGUGUACACCUGCACUGCGAAGAACCUGGCCGGCUCCAAUUCCUGCAAGGCUGAGCUCACGGUUCACACAGAGCGAAAAGAAGCGGCAGAGCCAAUGGAGGACGAGGGAACCAUUCUGCGGAAGAUGAGGCGUUUGACGGAUUACUAUGAUAUCCACAAAGAGAUAGGGAGGGGGGCCUUCUCCUAUGUGAAGAGAGUGACUCAGAAGAAGGGAAAGGCCGAGUUUGCUGCCAAGUUCAUUUCUGCACGAGGAAAGAGGAAAGCCUUGGCCCUCAGAGAGAUGGACCUGCUGUCUGAGCUGGACAGCGAGAGGAUUCUCUAUUUCCACGACGCCUUUGAGAAGAAGGACGUGGUGGUGCUCAUCACAGAGUUAUGUCACGAGGAGUUUCUGGAAAGAAUGGCCAAGAAAACGACGGCCAUGGAACUGGAGAUCCGCUCUAGUGUUCAGCAGGUUUUGGAGGGUCUUCGUUAUCUCCACCAAAAAAACAUUGCCCACCUUGAUAUAAAGCCAGAAAAUAUUUUAAUGGCAAGACCUGGCAGUGACCAGAUCCGCAUUUGUGACUUUGGAAAUGCCAUAAAACUGGAGACUUCAGAGGAGUACUACUGCAAAUACGGCACGCCGGAGUAUGUUGCACCAGAGAUUGUUAACCAAACUCCCGUCUCCACGGCAACUGACAUAUGGCCUGUUGGUGUCAUCACUUACCUCUGCCUGACCGGUGUGUCUCCCUUUGCUGGUGAGAAUGACAGAGCGACUGCCUUAAACAUCCGCAACUACAACGUGGCGUUUGAGGAGAGCAUGUUCUCUGACCUCUGCAAAGAAGCAAAGGGAUUUGUCAUCAAACUUUUGGUGGUGGACAGGCUGAGGCCGAGUGCCAUUGAGUGCCUUCGUCAUCCUUGGUUCAAGUCACCAACAAACAAGAGCAUCAGCACAGUGUUGCUAAAGCAAGUUCUGUCUAGAAGGCGAUGGCAGCGUUCCCUUAUCAGCUACAAAGCCAAGAUGAUUAUGCGGUCCAUCCCAGAGCUCCUGAAUGACUCAUCCAGCCACGUCUCCAUUGCUGUGGGCCGGCAUUUAAAAGAAGGCUCCCCACCCCUUUCCUCUUCCUCUGAUUCAGAUGCAGAUGUUGAUGAGCUUCCAUUCAUUCCUAUGCCACUGUCCAUGGCCUUUUCUGGUUCCAGGGUCUCCCUUAAUGAGAUCCCAGGGGAUGAAAAUGUCACCGGAUUGCCCAGUGUCGCUGCUGAUGGAACAAGAGAAAAAAACAAUAUGGCGGUAGCAAGUGCAACAGGAGGAGCUAGUAACAGGUUGAAAGAUGAAGAGGAAACCCCAAAUGGGGAGAAAAUGGAAAAGACCAAACGAGUUCCCCUUAAAAAAGGAACAAGUGUGGAGUCAGAUGAAUCAGAGACAAAAGCAAGGAGGGCUACCAUGAGGAGAGGAAGUUCUGCCGAUUCAGCGCUGCUUCUCCACAUUGACUCAGAAGAGGGAAAUGCCAAUGCGGAUUCAGAGGAAAGUAACAAGAGCCUGAAAAAAUCUGUUUCUAUGGAACUGCCCAAUCGCAGCCCAAGCCCCGGGGCGGCAAAGUUAAGCCAGGAGGAUUAUGCGCUAAAACUGGAACUGAUGAGACAGCGGCUGCUCAGGGGAGGAAGCAUGGACAAAAAGAUGAGCGGCCUGCGAGGGCCCUUGUUUGAAACUCUAGGCAUGGAAGAUGAGAGGCAAACAGGUUCUCUAGAUCGAAAUUUGAGGAGAUCCAGAGCAGGGCAAUCAACAUUCACCAGAGCAGCGUCUUCUGACAGUCCUGGAGAGGACACGCCAAAGACCAAAGUUUUUUGCAAAAGCGCCUCCUUCACUCAGGGGGAUUCUGAACCCAUGCCACUGCACCGCAGGUUUGGAGCGCCUUUAGAGAUCCCAUCUGUGGGCAAUAGUAGCAUGGAAGGGAAAAAGCUCCAGGAGGCAAUCUCAAUGUCCGCCCUAACAGAACAGACAACACUGGAGUCUACAUCUACCUCCCCCACGGAGAGGACUUCGUUUAUACUCCCAACACCAGGAGUGGACCAACAGCAAAAACAAAACAAUGUGAAAGAACACAGGGACAUAGAUGGGAUAACAGAGAAAAGGACCAAAACCCACUUCGAAGAGGCAGAUAGAGUAGAAUAUGAGUCCAGAUCACCCUCUGUAAUUACUCCUAUAAUUGUGAUAGAGGAGGAUGAUGAUGAAGAAGAGAGGAAAGAAAAUCAGGAGUUAGAUAUUAAUGAAACAUCUGACAAGGCCCAAUCCAAAGAUCCCUUGGCUACAGCCAAGUCAAAUAAUACGACGUACACGGAUACCCCUACAUUACCUGAACAUCCAGCAGUAUUUGCCAAAGUAGCAACUGCUGACCGAACUCGUGGUUCUAUUUCCACAUCAUCAAAUCCUGAUCUUCCUGCCAGCCCCCGACAACCUGUGCUCAGAACAGACAUCAAAGAUAUUGACUCAGAGGAGGUCUUUGAAGCCAGGUUUAAGAAACGGGAGUCGUCUUUGACCCGUGGACUCCGAAAAUUGACCAGAAACAAAUCAGAGGAGAAAUCCCCGUUACUAAGCCGGAAGACAGUUGAGGGGGGCGAAGAGGUUUACAGGCCGGGUCCAAGGGGGGCACCUCUUGAAAUGGUAUCCAAGGGACUAAAGGAGAAAUCCAAAUCUGUUCAAGAUUUAAGAGAAGAAGAUAAGGAACCUGGCUUUAGUCUAAUUGGGAGGUUGUCCUUGCGGGCCAAGAGGUCAACAUCUGUUGAUAAGAGGGGUGAGAAACCAAAGGAGGAAAAGCAUCAGGAAAAGCAUCGGGAUGUGCAGGAAUCUGCAGUAAGCAAGAGGGUUUCAUGGGCUAUUGGUCGUAGCAAGUCCCUGGAUACGAAGGAGCUGAACAGUGCAGGGGCACAGAGGCAGCUGGAGGAGAGAGAGCAAAGAAAAGAUGAGGAGUCAUCGGUUUCUGCUAUGAGGCGCAAGUUUGAGUCCAAAGUGGCCGGAAUCUCUGCCAAAAUAAGGACCCUGUCAGAGGAAAGAAAAGAUAAAGAUGCUGGGGGAAGUCAGAAGGAGCUGGCACAAAAGGAUUUAAAGAAAGUCACAGAUUCCCCUGUCCUGGCAAUGCGACAGAAGUUUGAGGACAAAGUGGCAGGAAUAACAACGAAAAUUCGCAGUCAGUCUGAGGAGAGAAAAGGAGAUGCGGAGGGAAAGAGGACACCCCUGUUUAAUCGCCACCGUCAUACCCAAUCUGAGGGGCGUGGGCUCAAAGGAAUGGGCAUCCCUGAGAAUCAACUAGCAAAACAGACCAGCGCUGGUGCGUCCAAAGAAUCGAUUGAGUCCGCGUCUAGCAUCCAUUCUGAAAGAGCCUCAGAGAGCGACAGGCGAUCACGGUGGGACAGGUGGGGCUUGACAAGGGGCAAGAAAGACAAAACUCCUUCCCAAUCUGAUCUGCCUUCAAACGUCCCCAAAGAGGAGGGUUUGUCAAAAAGCCAGCAGUUUAUCCGCACUGCUUCGGAUUUUGCUCCAGUGUUCCACAUCAAACUGAGAGACCACGUCUUAUUGGAAGGGGAAACCAUCACUCUUAGCUGCCUCCCAGCUGGAAGUCCACAUCCAGAAAUUACAUGGAUGAAAGAUCGAAAACCACUGGCGGUGGAUGACAGAAUCCACCUGAUCUCCCACCCAGAUGGGAGGCAGCUUCUUAAGAUCGUGACGUCCAGCCGGAGGGACGCUGGAAUUUAUGAAUGUCAGGCUACCAACCCCAUAGCUACCACCACCACCUCCUGUACACUCUCCAUAGCUUGUGUCCCGAAGCGGCCGGGGACCCCCGAAGUCCCCCAGACCUACAACAACACAGCCCUGGUGCUCUGGAAGCCAGCGGACACCAGGGCCCUGUGCAGCUACACACUAGAAAGGAGAUCAGAGGGGGAUUCCCACUGGCUGACUGUGGCGACCGGAGUCGCCGACUGCUACUACAAUGUCACCAACCUGCCACCAGGCGGCACCGUGAGGUUCCGGGUCUCCUGCGUCAACAAGGCCGGGCGGGGACCGCACAGCGGCUGCUCCGCCCCGGUCCGCCUGGACUCAACAGCUGAAGGCGUGUCUGCCGUGGGGAGGACAGUCCCGACCCCACCUGAACCACUGGCCACCUCUUCAGCGCCAGUGCGUCCAUUCAAACCAGUCCAGAGCAGCGCUCCCAGGAUGACUGUCCCCGCUAUCAACCCCACCUCUCCAAAAGAUUCAGCCUCCCCCGCUGCUUUCCCUCCUCCUGCUACGUCACCCUCCAAAAUGGUGGUCGCGCCCAACCCUCCAUCCUCUCUGCCCUCGAGCCCUGCGACAAACCCUCCAUCACCAGCUGCAGGCACAACUGCCGAGGAGGCUCAGAAAAUAAGCUCCAAUCUUCCCUCUUCAGCCACGGUCAAAGCACCUCCAUCCUUUGUCCUCCCCAAACCCCAGAGUCCAGUAAACGUGGUGACCCCUAUGACCCAGACCCCGCACAUAUCACCCCCGCCUCCCCUUGUAACCCCACCCUCGACCCCGACAAAACCAGCGGUGGCCUCCGUGCCCACGUAUGUCCCCACCACAACCAUCACUGCUCGUGUGGCCCCAACUCCUGUCUCCUUUUCCCCCCAAGUGCUCCAGGCAUCCAGCCUGAGCCCCAUCGGUGAAGCGGCCAGUACCCCGCCCAGAGGCGCUGCGCCCUCCGCCACUCUACGACAGGGGGUCCCACAGAAGCCCUACACUUUCCUGGAUGAGAAAGCCAGAGGUCGGUUUGGAGUGAUCCGGGAGUGCCGCGAGAACGCAACGGGCAAAAUCUACAUGGCAAAGAUCGUUCCCUACAGUCCGGAGAACAAGCCGGAAGUCCUGAAGGAGUACGAGAUCCUGAAGUCCCUUCACAACGAGAAGGUCAUGGCUCUGCACGAAGCCUAUGUCACGCCGCGCUACCUGGUGCUGGUGGCAGAGUACUGCACCGGCAAAGAGCUGCUGUACAGCCUCAUAGACAGGUUCCGUUACUCCGAGGACGACGUGGUGGGAUACCUGGUCCAGAUCCUCCAGGGAGUCGAGUACCUCCACAAUCGCCGCGUCCUCCACCUCGACCUCAAGCCCGACAACAUCAUGGUGACCAACCUCAACGCCAUCAAGAUUGUGGACCUUGGGAGCGCUCAGAGCUUCAACCCUCUCAGCCUCAAACACCAGGACUCAAGAGCCGGAACGCUGGAGUACAUGGCUCCUGAGAUGGUAAAAGGGGAAGUGGUUGGUCCUCCUGCGGAUAUGUGGACUGUUGGAGUUGUCACCUACAUCAUGCUUAGUGGCCGACUGCCCUUUGAAGACAAAGACCCUCUACAAGUCGAAUCGAAAAUCCUGAUUGCGAAGUUCGACCCGGUGAAACUGUACCCAAACGUGUCCCAAAGUGCCUCUGCGUUUCUCAAGAAGAUGUUGAGCAGUUACCCAUGGGCCCGUGCGACUACACGGGACUGCUUCACGCACGCCUGGCUGCAGGACUCCUACCUGAUGAAGCUGAGGAGACAAACUCUCACCUUCACCUCCAGCCGACUCAAAGAGUUCCUGGUGGAGCAACAGUGCCGUCGCACAGAGGGCGCCACCAAGCACAAAGUGCUGCUGCGCACCUACCAGAGCUCCCCCCAGGCCCCGGCGCCUGGGACUGCGCCGCAUGUCCCCGGCCCAUAGUGGACCGACGGUGGAAAGGCCAGGGCCAGACGCGAGCUCGCGGAGUCCCAUCAGCCCACGGCGAAGCAAAAAUAACGACUUUUCUGCGCGUCAGCUCCCCUGCGAAUUACCGCUGCAUGAAAAAUGUCAGCCUGCCAAGUACGUAGCCACCGGUAAACAGGCAGGGGGACAGGCAGACAGCCGGAUAUAGCUCAAAUAUCCAAAGAAAAGAGAGUCUGCAUGUUAUUGUGAGAGAACUGAACAUUCAGCGCUAAGGGGAUUCUGAGAUGAAACAAAAAGAGAAACGGAGAGAGAGAAGCGCACCGUGACAUCCGAAUUGUUGAGGUUCAGAACUCCUCAUAAACUGUAAAAUCCACUGAAAGGACACAGGAUGUCGUGGUUUUUCUUUGAUUGAUUGCACAAUUUCUCCGUCAUAUUGUGAAUUCUGAAAUUGCACAUUAAUAUUUGGUUUAGAUAAACACCUCGUCUCCACUCUGCACGAUCAGCCUGGAACAUGCGCGUCGUCAACGUUUCUACUCUGCAACCGUGUUUAUUUCACUCAAUUCAGUAGUAAACAACUCAUGUGAAUGUACCAUGAUUUAAGCUGCUAUUUUAUUUUUUGCAUUUACUUACACAUUUUAAAACUCAAAACCAAAAAGUAUUAUUUUUCUCUUCAAAUUGUUUACUUUUUAAUGUUAAUUUAUUUGCAUGUGUGUGUGUGUGUGUGUGUGUGUGUGUGUGUGCGUGCGUGCGCAUAUUUGAUUCACUUUUUCAAAUUGGCAUCGAGGGAAAAAAAUAAAUAAAAAAAUAAGGUGUGUCUUUGUGAUUGGUGUUAGGAUUCACACAGUAAAAACGAACUAUUUUAGGGUGAGCUACGAAUUUGUGGUACAACUUCUUGUUCUGUGGUUAAAACUGGUCUCUAACUGUAACACAACUAUGAAAAGCAGUCUGUAAUGUAGAUAACGUUUUAGUUUGAAAAGUCAUGCACAACUGGUAAAUUACUGUUGUUUCUCAGUAUUACGCAGUGGUUGGUCAGGUUGCUUAAAUCGUGAUCCACCUAGUCAGUGCCUCAAUCGGAUUAACAUCCAAAAUAUUUAUAUUGUAAAAUGUGUCUCCGCUGGUUCUAAUUCACAGUCGAGCUACUUGAACAAAGCAAAAAUUUGACUACAAUAUUUGGACUUUGCAAGAACAGACAGAUGCAUAUAGAUUCUUACAUACAUGCACACAUUUAUACAUGCAUACAUACAGUACAUGCGGUCCUUGUAAUAAUAGAACGUCUUGUGUAUUGCUCUAUCACGGUGUUCUUUUUUUGUAUGAAGUUGGACGGUUGAAGAUUUGUAAAUGUACCAAUUUGCGGUGUUUAUAUGUGGAAAAAUUGAAAAUGUUUUUAUGAGAUAGUAUGUAAUAAACUAUUGAUACA